GUGUCAGUCCAGUCUGAGUAUCGCUGUGAACAGAGACGAACAGAAGUCCAGACACUGGUGUCACGAUCUGAAGCAGCAUUUCACUCUUCUGCUGGGAUUGGGCUCUUCUGGAAACUAGAGAAAUGAUGCUCCUCUUUGCACUGAUGCUGCUGCUGCUGCAAACUGCUGAAUGUUUCUGCUGGUUAAAUCAGACUGAUCCCUGUUAUGCAGUUUUGGGACACAAACUCAAUCUGCUGAUGGUGCUGGACGCUAGUAAAUAUGACAUGAAGAUAAAAAAGAGAAUAAACAACAACAGCAGAAAUGAUCCAGUUUGUAGAGUUAAAUAUGGAAGGAUGAAGGAUUGUGAUCUUUAUAGUAAGAGACCUGAAGUUGCAGUAAUUAAUGGCACUCUGAUAAUAAACCGUGUGAUCAGAGCAGAUUCAGGGAAUUACACAUUAACACUCUCUCGCUCAGACGGCACAGAAACAUCUACAGAUCUUCAAUUGAAUGUUGAAGCUCCUGUUGGCUCAGUGGAAGUGUUCAUCAGCUGCUCCUCCAGUGGGGCGAGGAGGGUGUCCUGCUCCUCGGAGGGCGAUCAGCUCCUCUACAGCUGGACUUUGAAUGGAGAUCCACUGAUGGAUGGCAACUCCAGCAUUGAUCUGGAUGAGGGAACUGAUGGAAACAUCACCUGCGGUGUGAAGAACCACGUCAGUCACAGACAGAUGACCAUUAGUCUGAAACCCUGUUCUGGGCCAUCUACUGCAUCUGAGACCUCAACAGUAAAGGAUUCAAAAUAUGUUUUACAUUCCUCUCUGAUUGCUUUGGGCUGCGUUGCGCUGAUCCUGAUUCUGCUGUUCAUACCUGCAUAUCACACUUACAAGAAAAAACAGGUCAAGUCGACAGCCACUGCUGCCAGUGCGGACAUCAUAUAUGCUGAUAUCUCUCAUAAGAAAAAGGGUGCAAAGAAGAAAACAGAAUUACUCCCGGCUGCUGAUGUGGAAUAUGUCGAGGUCAAAUGGCAGAAAAAGAGGAAGGAGAGAAAAGAGAAGAAGGAGGAAGAGAUUACGUACGGCGAGGUGAUGUUCACUCUGAACCGCUCAAACGCUCUCCUGCAGCCUCAGCAUGAGUGUGUUUAUUCUCAGGUACACACACAACAAGAGCUGUGCAACAUCGCACUUUCCCUGGGAAAUUAA